CGUGCCUGACCCCCGAGCUGUGGCCCGAUCUGGUGACGUUGGAGGGGGCCGUCCGCGCGCCCGACGAGCUCAUGCAGAUGGUGUUUUUCGGUGGUCUGGACGAGCGUCUGCGGCCACUGGUCUGGCCGUUGCUGCUUGGCGUGAACGCGAUCGGCUCCACGGAGGCAGAGCGCGAGGAGCGGCGCGCGGAGCUGGAGCGAGAGUACGAGCGCAUCAGUGAGCUGCCGGAGCGGCUGGAGGGGGCGGCGCGCGAUGAGUUCCAUCGCCUGGUGACCUCGACGGUCGACAAGGAUGUGGUGCGCACCGAUCCGGCCAACCCGUUCUUCUGCGGCCGCGCCAACCCCAACGUGCAGACUCUCAGGCGAAUCCUGCUGGGCUUUGCGGCGGCGAACCCGGCUCUGGGCUACACGCAGGGCAUGUCGGACCUGCUGGCGCCGCUGCUGGAAACCCUGGGUCAGCCGGCGGCCGCCUACUGGGCGCUGGACGCGCUGCUGAAGCGCUCCGCCUCCGUCAUCAGUCCGCGCGACGACGUCAUGGACCGCCAGCUGGCGUGCCUGCGCGAGCUGCUGCGUCUGCUGACCCCGGAGCUGUACCAGCACCUGGCUGCCGUGGAGGACGGCCUGGAGCUGCUCUUCGCGCACCGCUGGCUGCUGCUCUGCUUCCGACGCGAGUUCCCAGAGCCGACGGCACUGCGCAUCUGGGAGGCCUGCUGGAGCUGCCCGACCACUCGCCACUUCUGCCUCUUCGUCUGCGUGGCCGUCUGCGCCGCGUACGGCGCCGAUGUGACGUCACUGAGCAUGAACGCCGACGCCGUGCUGCUGCACUUUACCAGCCUGAGCCAGCACAUGGACGGUGACGUCAUACUGCGCAAGGCGCGCGGUCUGCUGCACAGGUUCCUCAGUCUGGAGUCGGUGCCGUGUACGCUGGCGACGCUCUGCAGUGGAGACGGCGGCGGUCCUUGGGACCUGUGUCGGGUCACGACAGUGCAGUGCCGGGGUCACCCGGACGGCCGGCCGUGCCCCGCCGCCGCCCGGUGACGGCGACCCUUGACCCCGGGCGCGAAGUCCGACCUCGGGUCAUGACCCCUUGACCUAGGAUAUGACCCCCUGACCUGGGUCACGACGCAGGACGGCAGUUUUUGAUGCCCGCUCUUGGGUCGUGACCCCGACCUCAUGGUAUGAUAUUGACUGGAUCAUGACCCAUGACCCACGAGCCACAAUCCUGACCCCUGGCGCACGUCGUGGCCCGUCUGACAUGAGCCUAGCUGCUAGACGGGUUGUGCUGUCGCACGUGUAGCCGUGCUGUCAGGUUUAACGUCGCAGGCCAAGCUGUGAUGGCUCGAGGGUCUUAACGACUUGUGUUAUUUAAGAAAGAUGGAUACACGAACAAUGGCAAUAUACUAGUCACAUUAGAUAUUUUUGACGCGUGCGGGAGUUGGUUUGUUCUGUCUGUCGCGGCAUUACGUGGCCGGCUGCAGAGUCUGCUGCAGAUUCUGCAGCCGGUCAGCUGUUGUGAACGAUAGGGGGCACAUUUAAGCUCGCAGGCCUGCAAACCGGGGGCAAACAGAGCUCAAAAGCGGCAUCUCCAAAGUCCAAAACACCUGAUGGCCCCAGAAUCUGUCGUGGGUUUUGUAGGAUUUAGUUGCAGCGGACCAGAGGUACCACGUUUGAGCUCUUAGCUCUCGCUUUGCGGGCUUGGUGUGGCACCCCCAGCCCGCAACAGCUGACUGGCAGCAGACUCUCCAGCAGAUUGAUGCGCACACGCAAAAUGGCGGCGACUCCCAUGCAGAGUUGGUUGUGACGUGCCUGAGUUACCUCGUGACCGUGGCGAGCCGCGACGCGUCAGAUAAUGGCAGUUGUCCUGUUUAACCGUUAGCCGAAUGUAACCUGUGGGGCGUAUUAGCCAGCGCUGUGCGGUGUGUCCUGCGUUUACUGCUGGGAGCGGAGUGUGUAUUUAUUGGGGAGGGGAGUGUGUGUAAUGGAUGCUAUCCAGGUACUCUUGCCUUUACCUCGCUAUCGUAUCGUGCAAGCUCUGAACACACGGCAUAAUGAUGUGAUAUCACUCGGUAGCUUUGUUGUCAGGGCCCUAUGGCCUUAUCGCAUGGGUCCACGGUCUCGGCUUUGCUCGCCGUUGGCACCGCUUCGGGGAAUUGCAAGCUCGUGGAAACCGACCACACCGGGCGUGGGUGACUGCCGUGCCCUUGCGAGCGGAAUA